GAAGACCUGCCUAUUCUGGCUCCAGGGUUAGAAAAGUCGAUGCCGGCAGCUGUGAUGAGUUCUAGGAGGCGCAGUCUGCUCAAGGGACAGGAGGACCUGAGGCUGCUAGAGAACUCUUGGCAGAUGUAUUGCUGCCGUUGAGCAUUAGCCUGUUUGAAAGGUCUGGAGAAGCACAGUCAUCAGUAUGUCCAAGUACAAACUGAUUGUGUUAAGACAUGGAGAGGGUGCUUGGAAUAAAGAGAAUCGUUUUUGUAGCUGGGUGGAUCAGAAACUUAACAGUGAAGGCAUGGAGGAAGCUCGGAAUUGUGGGAAGCAACUUAAAGCUCUAAACUUCGAGUUUGAUCUUGUAUUCACAUCCAUCCUCAAUCGGUCCAUCCACACUGCCUGGCUGAUCCUGGAAGAAUUAGGGCAGGAAUGGGUUCCGGUGGAAAGCUCCUGGCGUCUCAAUGAGCGUCACUAUGGAGCCUUGAUUGGUCUCAACAGGGAGACGAUGGCUCUGAAUCAUGGAGAAGAGCAAGUGAGGCUCUGGAGAAGAAGCUACAAUGUGACGCCACCACCAAUUGAUGAUGCUCAUCCUUACUACUACGAAAUCUACAGUGACCGGAGGUAUAAAGUUUGUGAUGUACCUGUGGAUCAGCUGCCAAGAUCUGAAAGCCUCAAGGAUGUUCUGGAGAGACUCCUCCCCUUUUGGAAUGACAGGAUUGCACCAGAAGUCCUAAGAGGCAAAACCAUUCUCAUCUCUGCUCAUGGAAAUAGCAGUAGGGCACUCCUGAAACAUUUGGAAGGUAUCUCGGAUGAAGACAUCAUCAACAUCACGCUCCCUACUGGAGUACCCAUUCUCCUGGAGCUAGAUGAGAACCUGCAGGCAGUUGGGCCCCACCAGUUCCUGGGUGACCAAGAGGCUAUCCAAGCAGCCAUUAAGAAAGUAGACGAUCAAGGAAAAGUGAAGCAAGCUAAAAAAUAAGUCUUUCUGAAGUGUUAAGUGGGAAUACUUUCAAAAAGGAUAGCAUACAGUGUGUUUUGGGUGCUGAUAUUUCUCUUCUGAUUUUUCCAGAGUUUAAUAGUGCUAGGCUGUGAGGGAUAGGACUCUUAAAGACGAUGACUUCUCUUGAUCCUGAUAAGGGUGUGAGGGUGCCUGAGUGCUCUUGUCAUAAGACUUUGUGAGUCAACUCCCCUGCUAGUCCUAUUUGCAGUAGUCACUAAACUUAAAAGCAGGGAGGGAUUACUCAGGGCCUUGAGCGGCUAAUAUGGGGAAAGUAGCAAGUGAAGGUUAAGUUUAAGGUACAGUCACCAUUGACAGUCACUGUUUCAUUCUUUGAGUAAGUAGUUCACUUUUGUGUUUAAGACUUUACGAGAUGAUAGUAGGAGAUACUAGGUAAUCUUCUGUACUUGAGUAUUUAUUUGUCUUUUCAUUUAGGAAAAUGGGUGCUUUGACAGUUAAGACCACAGGCCCAUUAAGUGGGAGAGUCACAGAUAGCUUCCUCCAUGACUGUCAAUAACGAACAACAAGGUCCUUUUACCUUGGCACUAGUCUAGAGACUUUUUUGUUUGUCAUUUGGAAGUAUUUCUCUGACUGCUAGAUUCAGCAGCAGGUAACAAUAACUGUUCUCUUUUUGUUUGGGGGGGGGGGUUUCAUCUUUGGGUACUUAAUUAGCUUAAAAAUAAAGUUCUGUGAUUGAAAAAUGCUA